CUGUGUAGUACUGUGCAGCUCGCCGACCCACAUCGACAUGCAGACGAUGCAACCGAGCAGUCGUCCGUGUGGUCCGAUAGCUCGGCCAGCCUGCCUCUCACCUAGUUCACCACUUCACCACUCCACCAUGCCCGGCCGGUGGGUUCCGUUCUCACUGGUGGGACUAUCCUGCUUCUGGGAAAGACCUCCCCACGACUGCCGCUCAUCGGGAUGCUUGUUUUCUCUACCUAGGUAGGUAGGUACUUCAAGACUGAGCUCUUGCCCCCCUCAUCCUCACCCUCCUCCUCCUCCUCCUGGUGCUGCUCCUUCUUCGCAGUACAACUAGCUGCCCUGCCAGAUCUCACUGGGCCCGAUAUCUGAUUGCUGGACUGCCGUUCAACAUCCCCCGAGAGCCAUCCAAGAGACCAUGGCCAUCAAGCAGCUCGUUGCCCUUCUCUCCAUGCUGCCGGCAGAGGCGCUGGCCGAGACCGUCCUGGGGGCCUACAUCUUCCAUCGUCAUGGAGACCGGACCACCAAAUCAUGGCCACCUACCUCUCUGACGAACCUGGGCGCCGACCAGGUCUACGUCUCGGGCCAGUGGUACCGCAAUCGCUAUAUUGCGAGCAACAGCACUCAUACCAUCUUGAACGUCGCCUCAGAUAUCGCAGUCUUGUCCCAGGUGUCCAUAACUGCUCCAGUUGACAAUGUCCUCCAGGCGUCCGCCGAGGUCUUCACACAGGCCAUCUACCCACCGGCCGGCUCUGCUGCCACUCAGACAUUGGCCAACGGACAGCAGAUCCAGGCCCCCCUGAACGGCUAUCAGUACAUCCCCGUCAACAUCGUCAGCUCUGCUUCUAGCACGUCCGGCGCUGAGGACAACCCCUGGCUCCAGGGCAACUCGGGAUGCGCCAAGGCUGUUGUCAGCAGCAACGAGUAUUUCUCGAGCCCCGAGUACCUCGGCCUCCUGGACCAAACCCGUGACUUCUAUCAGAGCCUGCUGCCCGUGUACAAUACCACCUUUGACUCCUCCGAGGCCACCUUCAAGAAUGCCUAUGCAAUCUUCGACUAUGUCCAUGUCUCACAAAUCCACAACACGAGCAUCCCCAGUGAUGAUCUGCUCACAAAUGACACCCUCGUCCAGCUGCAGACCCUGGCCAACAUGCACGAGUUGGGCCUUGCUUUCAACAAAUCUGAGCCUGUGCGAGCCAUUGCUGGCUCAGUACUUGCCGCUGAGAUCCUCGAGUCCCUGAAUGACACAAUAGAGGCCUCCCUGACGAAGAAGUCGGCUGAGCGCUUCAACGUGCAGUUCGGCGCCUACGCAACCUUCAUGUCCUUCUUCGGACUGGCAAAUCUCACAAACACAAGCGCCGAUUUCCAGGGAAUUGUCGACUACGCGAGCUCGAUGGCCUUCGAGCUGGUCACCAACGCCACGGUGAGCGGGGCUGAUGCCCCCACCAGAGUAAACCCAGACGACGUCUCCGUGCGCUUCCUGUUCGCGAACGGCUCUGCUUCGGACUCGACCCCGGCCCAGGAAUACCCCCUGUUUGGCCAGAGCGAGACCACGCUUCCUUGGAGCGACUUUGUCACGAACAUGCAGAAGUUUGCCAUCGGGGACACUCAAUCCUGGUGCAAGGCCUGUGGCAACAGCACUGGCGUCUGCGCUUCGGCGUCAUCCUCUGGGUCCGGCUCGGAUGAUUCUGGGGCUUCCGCUUCGAGCUCGAGCCGUGGUCUGAGCCCGGGGGCUGCGGCUGCUGUUGGAGUCUGCUCGCUACUCGGGCUUGUCCUGCUCCUCAUUUUGGGGGCAGCUCUCGCGGGAUUCAGGGUGGUCAAGAAGGGCAGGCGAGGUGCGGAACCGCAGGCCGCGGUGGCGGAGGAGGCUGGCAAGAAAGCUUAGAUAGUGCUUGCCUGUCAGGGCCACGGGGCACCUUUGAGUGAAUCUUCACAGCUUUGGGUUGUGGAUGCUCACUCGAAGGCGGAAUGUAACUUGUUGACUUUGGGGGAUAGUUCACCUCUGCUUAUAGUCAGAAAGAUCACGGGUCAUGCCAUUCCUCUGUCUUCACUGUGUACAUGACUACCUCAGUACAAUUAUUACAGUAUAAUGUUUGAACAUCAGUUCAGUCUUGAA